AUGUUUUCCUCAUCUUCUGCCCUGUCUCCCUCACUAACCUUUCCUCGCCUGCUGCUCAUCUCCUCCCCCUCUUCUCCCAUUCCUCCUACUUUGCACUUUACAACGACGAUCCAUCUGUCCAUUUUCUGUAUUCCCCUUCAACAGAACAUCCAACAACCGUGUACUAUUGCCGACCGCUACACUGCCGCUCAAAGGUUGGCUAACGACGACAACGACGACUACUUCGAUUACUCGCGUAGCGCUCCGGAUAUUCUGUAUUUGCUUUCUGUUAAAUUAUCUAUCUAUCUAUCUAUCUAUCUAUCUAUCUAUCUAUCUAUCUAUGUAUCUAUCUCAGUCUAUUCAUAUCUAUCUAUCUAUCUAUCUAUCUAUCUAUCUAUCUAUCUAUCUAUCUAUCACGCACACACACGCGCACAGAUGCAUUCACGUUCACACUGCACUAUCUCUCUCUCUCUCUCUCUCUCUCUCUCUGUCGUGCUAUCUCUCUCUCUCUCUCUCUCUCUCUCUGUGUGUGGUGCUAUCUCUCUCUCUCUCUCUGUCCCCUCCUCAGUCUUUUUUCUACAUCUGUUAACCAUUCUUCUUGUUUGUGACAUAAUCCCGUGGUGUGGUGUGGAUCUAUCUCAGUAUAUUCAUAUCUAUCUAUAUGUCUAA